CAUGCAAAAGUAUUCCCUUGUAAUUCUGUACGAUGAGUUAUGAAGUAUGGAAGCAUUUUUUUUAAUUUAAAUUUAUAUCUCAUUCCCACCUUAUUUUAAUGGCCCACCAAUUCUUAUUUUAUUUCUUGCCCACCCUUAUUUAUCCCUCCCUUCUUUUCUCUGUCUCUCUCUCUGCCUCCAGCCAAGCCAUGGAUGAUCCCACCCCAAGAAGAGAGGCAGAAGAAGAGAGAGAAGAAGGCAGAGUAGAGAGAGAAAGAGGAGCACAAAUAGAGAGAGAAAGUGGAGAGAUCCCAUUUGGGCUGAGUGGGGAGGAGUAUCAGGUCCUGGGCCAAGUGAUAGAAGAAUUUCAUAAUUACCGAAAUGUCCCUGGCAAGUGCUCCUCCCUCAUGGUGCAGCGCAUGUCGGCGUCCGCACAGGUCGUGUGGUCGAUCGUGCGGCGGUUCGAGCGGCCGUUGGUGUACAAGCACUUCAUCAAGAGCUGCCGCCUCCUGAGUCAUGGCGGCCAGGAUCCGGCCAUGAGUGCAUCCGGCAGCCAGGAUAUGACGGUAGGCUGCCUCAGGGAGGUCACUGUGAUCUCGGGGUUACCGGCCACUGCUAGCACGGAGCGGCUCGACAUACUGGACGACGACCGGCGUGUCACCGGUUUCACCAUAGUGGGGGGCGAGCACCGGCUGAGGAAUUACCGGUCGGUGACGACGGUUAACGAGUUUGGGGACGGGAGACACGGCGGGAUCUGGACGGUGGUCCUUGAAUCGUAUGUGGUGGACGUGCCGGAGGGGAACACGGAGGAGGACACACGGCUGUUCGCCGACACGGUCGUGAGGCUGAAUCUGCAGAAGCUGGCAGCAGUGUCGCAGGCGAUGGCGAUGGAGGAGAGGGAGGGGGAGAGAGGUGAGUGAGGGUUGAGUUUGUAGAGAGAGAAAGAGAUAAGGAUGAAGAAAAGAGAAAGAGAAAGCCGGGAUUAUCCUUUCUCUCUUCUUCUCAUCCUUAUAUCUGUGUCUUUGUUGGGUGUUUUCUCAUUUGGGUUUUGGGGGUUUGGUUUUCUUUUAUUCUCCUGUAUAGGGAAUUGGAGGGUUGAGUUUCUUUUAAUGGAGAGAGAGAGAGAGAGAUCCAUCUUGUGGUGUUGAGAGAGAAAGAGGGGGGAGGGAGUGUGUUAAUGUGAGCUUUGGGAAGAAGAUGGAAGAGAGAGAAUUGAUAUGGGUCUAGAGAGAGAGAGAGAGAAGAGGAGGGGGGUCUUGUUGUGUGGGAGUUGGAAGAGAGAGAGAGAGAGAGAGAGAGAGAGAGAGAGAGAGAUUUGGUUGGGUUACAGGGAUACCAAGUUGUACUAUUUAAGAAGAUGAUAAAAAUAGUGUGUGA